AUGGCUGGGUGGGCAAUUGCAGUACACGGCGGCGCCGGUGUUGAUCCUAACCUUCCGACCGAACGCCAAGAACAGGCGAAGCAACUUCUCACACGCUGCCUUAAUCUCGGAAUCGCUGCUCUUCGUUCUUCUGUUCCCGCCAUUGACGUCGUUGAACUCGUCGUUCGUGAAUUGGAAACGGAUCCUCUGUUCAAUUCAGGUCGUGGAUCUGCAUUGACCGAGAAUGGUACUGUGGAAAUGGAGGCCAGUAUCAUGGAUGGUCCCGGCAGACGAUGCGGCGCCGUUUCAGGGCUCACAACCGUGAAGAAUCCCGUCUCCUUAGCUCGCUUAGUCAUGGACAAAUCCCCGCAUUCCUAUCUCGCCUUUUCCGGAGCCGAGAAGUUCGCCAAACAAAUGGGUGUAGAUCGGGUGGAAAACGACUACUUCAUCACCCAGGACAACGUUGAAAUGCUCAAAUUAGCAAAAGAAGCCGAUUCCAUUGUGUUUGAUUAUAGGAUACCGAAAGUAUGUGGAACCGGAGUACAGAGUCCAAUACAGAUGAACGGGCUUCCGAUCAGCAUCUACGCACCAGAGACAGUCGGUUGUGUGGUGGUCGACAGCCAAGGGCGGUGCGCCGCUGCAACAUCAACCGGUGGGCUUCUAAACAAGAGAAUGGGCCGGAUAGGUGACUCACCACUUAUAGGCGCAGGGACCUAUGCAUGUGACUUAUGUGGGGUCUCGUGCACUGGGGAAGGUGAAGCCAUAAUCCGGGGGACUCUUGCCCGUGAAGUGGCGGCGGUGAUGGAGUAUAAAGGGCUGCGGUUGCAGGAGGCGGUGGACUUUGUGAUUAAGGAAAGGUUAGAUGAAGGGAAAGCAGGGUUGAUUGCGGUGUCCAACUCCGGCGAGGUGGCGUAUGGGUUUAACUGUGUAGGGAUGUUUAGGGGAUGUGCUAGUGAAAAUGGGUUCAUGGAAGUUGGGAUUUGGGAUUGA